GCAGCUGCUGUUACGUCACGCAUGCGUUUCGAUCUUCGGUCUCCGGUGAUUUGUAUUGUUAUACAACACCGGUCGGUACGUGUUGAUUGCAUGUAUUUUUGACAGACACUUCUGAAAGAUUCCUCGCAAAAGGUAUUUGAGCAGCUCGAGAUAUUAUUUCUAGAAUAUUAUCGCGCGAUCGCAAUGACUACAGCAACCGUCAGACAGCUCCGUGACGUGCUGGAACCCUCCCCGCGCAUGAGACGCGCGGAAGUUCCCGCCAAUUCUGUACCAGAUACGUCUCACAGCAUGGAUGUAAGAACGGUGCAGAAUUGGUUAAACAGACUUCCCGAUGGUUGGAAUUCGCCGCAAAGUCCUGAUGAACUUGUCAUUCAAAAGAGAGGUCGACGCAAGUCCAUAGUUUGGUCUCCUGAUCUCAAUACAUACAAACGACGUAGCUUGCUUAGUUUGAGUUCUAAAGAUCAUACACCGAUUAAAAAUCCAUCCACAUCAAAUAUGGCAUUGAGAGAUGCAGCCAGAAAGAGACUCUCUCUUGGAGAUACUAAUCAGUCUAAGUUUCCUACACCAAAGAGCAAAAAAAUAUUGUCCUCUCGAAUGUCAUUAGAUGCUGCAAAUAUGUUGAGACAGCGAUCCAAAGAUAACUUAGUAAACGGUUUACGAAAUCUUAGUCAUGAACAACUCGUACAGUUGAUUAUGGAGUUGGUAUAUGCGCAGGAAGAUGGUACGCUGUGUGAAAACGAAAAGCUUCGUUAUAUUCUUUCAAAGAAAAUAUCAGACGGGGAUAUUCAACCAUUUAUAGAGAAAUUGAUUCUCUUGAAGCAGAAUAUUUAUGCUAACCCUGUAUUUUCUCCCAAUUUGAAUGAUGAAUUAGCAUACAGUUGCGCUUACAUGCAUCUUGAUGCAUAUCAGAAAGCUCUUAUUGAUCAAGGAAGAAUACUACAAGAAUCCCAGCACUGGAUCUCAUUGAUGCAUUAUGUACUGGAAGCAUGGAAAAUCACAAGAGAAUUACCCAAGUGGGAGAAUCAAGAUUGUAAUAUCACACAUAAAUGUUUCCAAAGUUUGUCACAGUUUUGUGCUGAAACUAUAAGAAGAGGAAAUUUUGAUAUUUCGACUCUGGAAAUUUAUAUUGAAAGUCUUAAAAUCAUAGUCGAAGAAUGCGAAGAUUUUCAAAUCUGUCUACAAAUAGCAAAGGAAGCAAAACAUGAGGCUUAGGCCUUUUUUUAUUUGAUAUGAUUUGCUUGAUAAUUUUAUUUAAAUAUUUAUUAGCUGUGGAGGAGUGUGAUAAUAGUUAUUAAUGAUUAAAUUAAUACUGAUACAUCAUCCCUGUACAUUAAUGUUCAGAGCGAUAUAAAAUAGAGUUAACCAGUGAAAGUCAUUAGGAAAACAAUUUCACUUAAAACAAAUAAGAUGCAAAAAAGUUUUUUCUCAUC